GAGGGAGGGAGGGAGGGAGGCAACUUGAGGUGGCUAAGAACUCAACAGGAACCGUUAAGCUGAAACCUAAACCGGCGCCAAAGACAAUAUUCUGUUGGGUGCUUUCUUUUUCGUAACUUUCUCAACAGUGCAUGUCUCUCUGUCUCUCUCUGUCUCUUCUUAAAACCCAAACAAACAAACAAACCCAGUUUUCACUUUAAAAACCCAGACAGGUUUCUCUCCUUGAGGACUGCUACUACUCUACUCUCUUAAUUCUCACACUCAUUCAUAGUACUGACUCUGUCUCUCCGUCUCCUUUUCCGUCCCUGCCAUGAUGGAGAAUGGUUUCUCCUCUCCCCGGAAUGAUUCGUUUCCUGCUGGUCUCCGUGUUCUCGUUGUCGAUGAUGAUCCCACCUGGUUAAAAAUCCUUGAAAAGAUGCUCAAGAGAUGCUCUUAUGAAGCUGGUUAGAGUAAUUAGAAGGUUUAUUGAUGUUUGCUCCACUUGCCAACUAAACUAAUGAAAGUAUGAUACACAGAGACAAUGAUUAUAUCUUCCAAAAAUGACCACCUGCGGUUUGGCAAGAGAUGCUUUGAACCUACUUCGUGAGAGGAAAGGUGGAUAUGACAUUGUAAUCAGUGACGUCUACAUGCCUGACAUGGAUGGUUUCAAACUGUUAGAGCAUGUUGGACUGGAGAUGGAUCUUCCCGUAAUUAUGAUGUCUGUUGAUGGAGAGACGAGCAGGGUGAUGAAAGGUGUCCAACACGGAGCUUGUGAUUAUCUUCUUAAGCCUAUACGAAUGAAAGAACUCCGGAAUAUAUGGCAGCAUGUAUUCAGAAAGAAAAUACACGAGGUAAGAGAUAUUGAAAUUCUCGAAGGGAUCGAAAGUUUUCAAAUGACUAGAAAUGGAUCAGAUCUAUAUGAGGAUGGCCAUUUUCUCUGUGGAGAAGACCUUACUUUGAUAAAGAAAAGAAAAGAUAUCGAAAGCAAGCACGAUGAAAAAGACAUUGGUGAUAAUACUUCUGCAAAGAAAGCUAGAGUAGUUUGGUCUGUAGAACUUCAUCAGAAAUUUGUCAAAGCAGUAAAUCAGAUAGGAUUUGAUACCACAUCUUUGUCAUGCUUCUACAGAGCAAUGACAAGUAAUGUCUGUUUGGCAGAAGUUGGUCCAAAGAAAAUACUUGACUUGAUGAAUGUGCCGCGUUUGACAAGGGAAAAUGUCGCUAGCCAUUUGCAGAAAUACCGUCUCUAUUUGAGUAGAUUGCAGAAAGGAAACGAUUUUAACAAUCCCGUUGGUAUGAUAAAGCAGUCGGACUCACCUUUGAGUGAUUCUGCUGGAAGUUUUGGCUCUCAGAAUUCAAUCAAUUUGCAGCCAACUGAUGUUUCAAAUGGGUGCUACGGAUUUUCUGUCAGUAGCUUGGUUCUUCACAAUGUGGAUCCCAGAAGCCACAAUGGUGAUAGAAAGAUACUUGUUACAACGCCUGUGGCAGAACCCAAAAGAGGCGUAACAGUUGAUGCUCCCAAUCCUCGUAAACCCAGGAUUUCACAGAUGGAAUUUGGCCAUCCCCUUGCACCUCAUUUUAAUGAUGGGUUUAGCCACCUACCAAUGCCUGGUCAGAAGCAGCUUACACGAGCUGAUUAUCCACAGCCUGCUCGAGCCAUCAGUUCUGCACAUUCCUUGACAGAAAGAGAAAUUGGUUGCCCUGUCAAAAUUAAGCCUUCACGUAAUGACUACGGCAGCAAUGCCAGCCAUGUAAGUUCAACAGCAAAUGCAGUUGACUCUAUCCCUCUUCAAACGAAGACCAACUCGACAAAUCAUCAAGUGUCAAGCACUUCUAGUAUGGAAAAUCAAGGCUUGAAUAUGAAUUGCCUUACAGAUGUGGAAUCUUCCAGAAAAAACAUAAAUUUGGGAAUGCCGCCUUUCGCUCCUUUGGAUGAGGACUUGCAAGUACGUUUUGUUCCAGGUGAUUACUAUAUGAAUCUCGGGCUCCAAAACAUAGAGGUUCCGGAAUAUUUUGACCCAAGUCUUCUCACAGACGUACCGAUACACUUGAAUGAUGGGCUGAGGUUUGACUAUGAGUUCUAUGACCCCACAGAAUAUUCUCUAAUAGAUCAAAGCUUGUUUAUAUGAUGAUCUCCGUCUCCCUAAAAUGAUGAAGGAUCACCUGGCUUAUCUUUUUCUGUACCAAUAUAUUAGAGGGGUAAUCUAACUCUGGGUUGGGAUCUUAUAGUUUCGAUCGGUCUGGUCUUGCAUGUUGAAACAUGUAUAAGCAUAAUAAGGUUCCCUUUUCAUGUCUGGCUCAGCUGGUACCUGCAUUACUCUCUGCUGCAUGCUGCAACUCUCUUAUUCCUUGCAAAUUUUGUAAUUACAUGUUAUUAGCUGCUGGAAGUUGAAAUA